CGACUGUUCACAUUGCAAGUCUGCAACAGUACCUAUACGAAGAGCUUACCAUUUCUUUCGGGCAUUUCUCAGCUCUUCAAGCAAUGGCGAGUGAGGUGGUUCUGUUGGAUUUCUGGCCGAGUAUGUUUGGAAUGAGGGUCAAAAUAGCACUAGCUGAAAAGGGUAUCAAGUACGAGUACAAAGAAGAAGACUUGAGGAACAAGAGCCCUCUUCUCCUGAAGAUGAACCCAGUUCACAAGAAAAUCCCAGUUUUAAUCCACAAUUCCAAUCCUGUGUGCGAGUCCUUAAUUGCAGUCCAGUACAUCGAUGAGGUCUGGAAGGAUAAAGCUCCAUUGUUGCCGUCUCAUCCCUACCAUAAAGCUCAAGCCAGGUUCUGGGCGGACUAUGUUGACAGGAAGAUAUAUAGUGGUGGGAGGAAAGUAUGGACGACAAAAGGAGAAAAACAGGAAGCAGCGAAGGAUGAAUUUAUAGAAAGUCUCAAGGUGUUAGAAGGAGAGCUUGAAGACAAACCUUACUUUGGUGGUGAGACCUUUGGAUUUGGAGUGAUACGUGAAGUAUGGACUUUUGAGAGGAGAAAGCCAGAAGGAGCCAAUUAAGAAUUUAUACAAAGCCCUCAGCAGCUGGUAGCAGACCUUGGAGACAAGUCUUACGUUGGUGGUAAGGGCUUUAGAUCUGUCUACAUGGCUCUCAUCCUCCCCUUUGGUGAUUCUACACCUGAGAUACCAGCCCCAACUUCAGCAUAAAGGCGUUCCGAGUGACAGCAUGGGCUGAGAGGCGCACGUUGAAGGGGAGCAUGUCCAAGUCUCUUCCUGACAAGCGCAAGGUCCAUGAGUUGGUUUUGCAGCUUAAAAAGAUGUUUGGGAUAGGUUAUAUCGCGGAGAAGCAUGAGCUCGAGCAAAGAUUUGCAUUUUUCCAGUGUUAUGCAUGGUUCUGUUCCAAUAUAUUUUGGCCUUCUGUCUAUAUGACUAAGGG